UGCGUCACUGCGGCGGCCGGCGCCGCUCUGCGCUCGAUGCCGUGUCCGUCGUCGUAGCCCCCGCCGCUCGGGAGUCGGGGCCUGUCUCCCCCCAACGCUGGCAUGAGGCGGCUCCGGAGUCGGACGUAGACUCUGGUCUAAUUAUCAUCAUCCGAUCCUGCAAUACAAAGAUCAAGCUACAAUGGACAAAAGGAUGAGAAGUGGCUUCUCCAAACCCAGAGUGUCUCUGCAGAAACAGAUUCUCACUGGUCAGCAGCAGCUUUCAAUGAAGACUUUACUGCAGAACACAAAGCCACUUUGUAAUGUAAGACUUGGCCAACACUGGAAAAGAUCCGACAAUUUAACUGAGGUCACUUUUGUGGGAUUUACCAAUUCAAUGGAAGAUGCCAAAUCUGCUGGAGAACAGGCUCUGGCUGAUAAUGACCCGGAGCUUUCAGACUGGCUGAGUUCACUACAGCUCGCCAACUUAAAGAAUACUGAAAUUGCUCUUUUGACUGAUUUGAGGAAACAUCCCAGGACAAAAGAGAAAACUGUUAGUCAGGUGGUCUGUGUGAUGAAGCACCCGCCAUCAUCCUUGUACUGCAAUAGUUCGGUAUUUUCUCUGCUUAACAAAUACUCAACAGGGAUUCAGUUUUCUCUAGAGUCCCACUCAACACAAAAACAUCAAAUGGAUGCAUACCUCGUGGAGGAGGAUGACACUAAUCAGUCUGUAUCGUCCAUUGAAGAUGACUUUGUGACUGCUUUUGAACACUUGGAAGAAGAAGCAACAACUGCAUUUGGGGCAGUGAGCUUUGAUCCCAGUACACUAAAGCACCAGCGAGAUGUUGCUCUGCAGACUUUUGCACUGGACUUUACAGAAUCGUCAGUUCCUGUUAUCUCAUCCCCGAGCCAAGUCGUUGGCCAGUCUGUUCCUCCGUUACUUAGUAAUGCAGCAUUUUUAGGGUUGUCACUGCCUGCUAAAACUUCUGUUGUGACGUUAAGCUCAGGUCCUGGGAGGCAAAGGACAUUCUACAAAUCGUGCAAUGGUCCUGAACUAAGAUCCAACAAUGGUGGUAAAUCUGGGCCCUCUGUUUCCCCAUCAGAAUCUGAAGAUUCUGAUGGUUCAAGUCCAAGUCCAGUCAUCUUUCUGGAUGAAGAAGGAUAUCAGCGUAGUAUGAAGGCCAAGCUAAUAAUACCCCAAAUCCCAACACUCAAGGGUGACGUUGAAGAUUCUGACUCUGAAGUAAGUGAAUUCUUUGAUAGCUUUGACCAGUUUGAUGAACUAGACCAAAUGUUUGCGAGCACAUCUGCCACCUUGAAGGAAGGAUCCAGCCCUCAAAAUGCACCUCAGAAAAAGAAGCCCAUGGCAAAGCUGACUUCAGACUUCACACUGAAACAAUGUAAAACUGCGGUUGCUGAUAUGAAUCUGCAGAGGUUUGACCACCCAGUCCUUCCUGCUGAUGUUAAGAAACCCACUGCUCGUAAGGCAGAAUCUCCCUACAAUAGCCUGUCUGAUGUCCCGGAUUCACCUCGCCCACUGCAUAGUUCGGGAGAAGAGAAUAGCCCCCUCUUCAGCCCCAUCCAUUAUUCAGCAUUCAGUCCCCUUGCAACUGUUAGUGGCUCUGGGUGUUCAGGACGAGUGCAAGCCGCCAGUAUUGAAGUUGUUAAAGCACAAAACAAUGGAGCACUUUCUAAUAAUUACUCACAGUAUGCGGGUGAUGUUUCUCACAGCAUUAUUAGCUCUGUCUUCAGGUAUCCGCACACUGUUGGUUUUGAGCAUAAGAGAACAGCUGGUUGCCCUCAGGAUGUUUAUUGGUCAGGCACUGAAAGUUCUGACUCGAAACCUCUAGCGGCUCGCACUUCUGCUCAGCAGAUUUAUUCGAACACAUUCAAAGAUGGCAUCCAGCAGAUUGCUGCAGAGCUAGUGGAGAAGAGUUUUGGUAGUGCCUUUAAAGACCUGCAGAAGGGGGUUUCUUCGUGCACCAGUGCCCUGUGCCACCUGGCUGCAAGGCUGACCUCAUCUGUAAUUCACAUGGCACUGCAAGAGAUUGGAGCAAGGCAAGCCUCCUCACGGAAGAGGAGCGCUGUUAAUGACUUGGCCGACUAUUUGGUGGGAGAUGCAAUAGCAGGAGCACUAAGAGAGCUGGAGUUCGUGAAGAAACAAAUUUUUAACAACGCUGUUACCCGAUUUGCAACCGACCUGGCUGAGGAACUUAUUUUUGAGGGAAUCAUGGAAGUUUGUCAGUUUUCGCACCCAACGACACCAACAUCAACAACAAGCUGGUCACUCAAUGAGGAGGAAAAGAUUGUGAGCUCGUACGCCGGAGAUUUGUCAGAGUCUGUCCUGCAAGAAGCCUUCAUUGAAUUGUCCCAAGUGGAUGUGAGCUUCUCAGCACAAGCAGCAAUUAGCAUUUCUCAAAACAAUAUUAAAGAUGUUGGUGAAAAAGAUGUAGCGCAGGCAAUAAAGACUGUCCAUGGCCCUAGAGAUAUCCAAGAGAGGACGUUACUCAGAGAACAUGAAGGCUGUUUGACUAAUGCUGCAACAGGCAAUUCAUUUGAUACUUCAGAUUUGACAGAGAAAGAGUAUACAGUAGAAAAAGCCCUACUUUGUAUUUCUGGCUUUGCAAGCAGUGUGUCCGUACCUCAUGCUGCCAAGGCAUUUUCCUGCAGUUCAUCUGAUUCCCCUCUGAAGUCAUUAAAGGUGAAUUCAGAGCAAAUGACUAACACUCCUCCUGAGAGAUCAUGUUCAAGGAGCAGAAAAAUAGAUAGGAUGCUGCCUACAAACUAUGUGCCUCAGCCCUGGGAUUUCGCAAGCCAUGUUACUUAUAGCAGGCGUGUUUCUAGUGACAACAUCUUUCAGUGCACUGAGGUGGCUAACACUCGUGUCAAUGCGCAAACAAAUUGGCAAACAGAAGCAAUGAUUGAUAUUGUGGGAAAUAAUCCUUCAGACUUUGUGAAUCCAUCUACAAUUGAAUGUGUGGUAAAGGAUAAUGCUGCUAAAUCGAGUCAACAAACACUAAUUGAGCCUAUUCCUGAGAACCAAUUUGCAGCAGAGUUGGCACAAGCAAUUGUAACAAAUUCAGUGGAUGAAGUAAAAAUGAAAAAUGUGAUACCUCAAGGGGUAUUCUCCACAGGUUUGCCAACAAUUUUUCAAAAUAGCAGCAACAAGGAAACAUUCAAGAGACUUGGGGAAAUUCCAGGGGUCCAGUUGCAGGGUCAGCUAAUGGUUGGGAAAAUGGUUUCAGGCAGUCAGCCUCAAUAUGAGUACUCUCAGUCUCCAGAUAUGCUGCGAACGCCUCCUGUUUCGCCAGCUGAAUAUACUCCCAAAAAAGGUUUGACCAUCCCACAGCAUUUUGCACAAGAGCUCAAGGGGCACUUAGCAGAAGAGUUUCCUCCAUGUACCCCACCGCCAAGUCCUACUGUGGCACUCAAGAAUUUAGUGGCAGAAAGUGCGGAUGGCAUGGGCGACCCAGAGCUCGCAGAUACUCUCAAAUCGUUGACUGCACAGCUUCAGGGUCACAUCUCAACGCCAACCUUUCAAACCUCCAUGGCAGAAGUCAGUGAAUCAAGCAAAGAGAUGAAUGCAGAUCUGUUUGAAACGCCGAGAGUUGGGCUGAACAAAGAUGGGCUAUUUUCAGAGGAGCGUCUUGUCAGCAUCGAGGGCAGCUUAAGUGGAUCUCCUGGAACACCACCGCCAACACCGCAGCGAUCAUUCCAUGAGAAGAGUCUGAGGAGUUUCAAUAGGAAGCUGAAGGGGGAGUUGGCUAAAGAAUUCAUGCCAGUAACCCCUCCGUCCACCCCCCACAACCAAUCCGUUCCAGACCUGGCAGAGAUGUCACAGGACACGGAGGAAAAGGCCGAGUUUGUGCUGAAGCUGAUGAGGUCGCUGUCUGAAGAGGUGCUGGACAAUGAGGAGGAUUUUGAUUUUGUGGAGGGGCAGGCAGAGGUGAGGGACCAGAUGAGCCCAAGCUUAAGGCGGAACACAAAAAAUUUGGAAAAGGAAGAAUUGAAGUUGGACAUUAAGAGGCAGGCCCUGCAGUAUGCCAACCAGCUGGCAGGCAGCAUCGUUUCCAUGGCAACUGAAAUUGCAGCAAUCUGUGUAGAAGAUACCAGGAAGUGUGACGGCAGAGAUCUCAAGUGUUUCAGGGUCUCCCCCAGCAACCUGAGGAAAUCAGCCACAUGGAGCGAGCUGCACUCCAAGACGGUGGUAGCGGAGAGGAUUGUACCGGAAGAAAUCGUGGGUUCUUUGUUGAACUACGCGGGCAGGGUGGCAGGAGAGGUCAUGCGGGAUGCCAAAAAAGUCCUCGGCUCCAAGAAGCACAGGGUGAGGAAAUUCAAAAGGGAUGGCCACCAGGUUGAAAGCAGUGAAUCCAGUUUUGGAGAGCAGGAAAAUGCGGGAACAGAAGAGUUAAAUGCCAUGGCUGAUCAGUGGUCACGGGAUCUUCUGGAUUCUGUGCUUCAUUCACCCCAAGGUGGACUUGUGUCUAAACACUCAAGCUGUGAGAGUGUGACUGAUGAAUAUGCAGAAUUCAUUAUGAGAAUGAUCAGUAGAGAAGCAGGAAAUGGAGAGCUAGUAGUUGAUCAUUACGCGAGUAAACUUGCCUUUAGGACAGUGAAAGUGGGCCUCGAACAAGCAGCCAGGAGAAUAAAGCAGAAGUACAAGAGAAGACUCCUGUCCUCGCAACAGUCAAGAGGUGACAAUGGGGGCAAAGAACUUUUCAAGUUUCUGACAAGGGAGGAAACACAAGAUACAGGCCCCUGCAGGAGAAGCCAUGAUCAAAGACUGAGCAGAAGGAACUCCAGAGAUCUAGCAAGGUUUGCGGAAUCAGUAGCUCAAAAUAUCACGUUUGAAGUUGCACAGAAAUUGAACACAGCGUCCGGUGUGCAGGGCUUAUCCAAAUCCUUGACGGACUCCUGUCUCUACAAAAGGUCCCAACUGGAACAGAUGGCUGAGGACCUCAUUAAGAAGACCUGGACCUGCUCAAUCCAACCCAUCAUCCAGAGAAACAAACGCUACCACAGCAUGGGAAGUUUAAAUGAAUAUGGAUGCUGUCUUUCCAGCACCAAUGGUACACUCAAACACUGCGCUGAUGAAACUCUUCAUCUGCACACAGCUGGUGAUGAUGGAAAAACUUUGGACACCAGCAAGCAAAAUGAUUGUUUAAUGUAUGCUGAAAAGUUGACGGGAAUUGUUUUGCAGUGUUCAUCUGCAGAAAAGGAAUCAAGAAGUCAUACUAACAGGAUAAGUUGGCAAACUGGUGGGUUUUACUCCCAAAGUGCCACAAGAGCCCCCUGGCACACAAGCAAGCCACUUGCAAGACCAGAGCACUAUGUGAAUGGAGCUUGUCAACUCAAUGUACCUAGAAUCCACAUUGACUUGGAGCAGAGAGGAAUUUUCGCAGAAGACUUGAUGUCAGUUUCCAUUGAGAAAGCCAAGAGCAAUACAAGCCUGGCAGCGGACAGUGGUAUUGGACAGGAUGGUGCAAGUUUCACUGAGAGUCUUGCUGCGGAGAUAAUGACAUCUGCCAUGAUCAAUGCCAGCCAGUCAAUCACAAGCAGCGGUUUCAAGGAUGGAUUGCGGUCAACUGAUUCUACAACAACCAGCCAACAGCUUAGCCUGAGCGCUGGUGAUGAUAGCACUGGCAGCUGGUCAAAUCUGAGCUUUGAAGACGAGCACCCAGAUGAAACAAGCAGCUUCCUGCAUCUCAGUGACAGUAAUGGCAACAGCAGUAGCUGGAGCAGUCUGGGGUUAGAAGGAGAUAUGUUUGAGGAGAAUAUAUCCUUUCCACCAUCAGAAAGUGAUAAUAGUGAAGAUAAAGAGCAAGCAGUGCAAGACGUUUCUGAAGAUCUAAUAUUGGCACAGGAAGCGUUAUUGAUUCUAAAUGUGGAACUGGAGACCAGUAGCCAUGAUCUGCAGCUACGAAUGGUGUUGCAGUGGAUAGCAGCAUCGCAGUUUCAUGCAUCUUUAGUAUAUUUCAAGGAACCAUUUGAAGAUGAGCUAUUGAAUUUUUUUGCAGUGGUGAAAAGAGUGGAAUUGAGGAAUUGGAAAAUCUGCGACCUACUUCAGGCAGUGUUGAAAUACUGCAGCAUGAGAGAGCAAGUCUCAUCUGGAGCUCACUGCAACCACACUCCUCUCUUUGACUGGUUACUGGAAACUACAUAAAGCCUUUGUCCACAUGCAAAGAGCAUGUCAGUGUAAGAAAGGUUGUCAGCUAUGAACCGCCAAGUAUCACCAAGUGUGCGGAUUGCUUUACAGAAUUGAACCAGAUGACUUGUAUUCCUUAUGGUGGUUGGCUUGGUAGGUAGUAAAAUCUCUUGUAUUAAUCACAUAGAAAGAAUUUUUGUCAUGAGGGCAAAACUAUGUGUGCAUGAAUAUUGUGUGUAUAUAAUAUAUAGAUACAAUAUCUAUAUAUCUCCAAAUUAAAUACAAUUUAAAAAAAAAAAGGCCCAUGUUUUCCACAAAGCUGCUCCCACUUUGUCAAGGUGAAUUGAGAUAGGAAGACCACAAACUCACAGCAAUGGAAUAGGAGCAACUUCAAGGAAAAUCCCAGCUGUGCGCUGUCAGUUCAUACUUCAAGAUAAAGGAUUAGUGCAAUUUUCCUGAGAAUAUCACAUUCUCCCAAUUAAUUUUUAGUUUUAAAGUUGCUCUUUCCGACUAGCCAUUUAGAAUUUGUAUACACGUAGUCCCAGAGUUCUGACAUCGCCUUGUGUCCUUUCGGUUCUGGACAUUAAUACAUUGGCUGUGGUCAAACUUGAACUUGCAAAUGUUGGUACUCUUUGGUUGGUAUGUGGGUUCCGACUGUAGCUCAUAAUGACAUGAUUCAUAGCUCUGAAGGAUCAAGGAAGCUUAUGAAACUAGAUUUCAAAAUGUUCUGAAUUAGGCUCCUUGACCUGGUUUUGUUUGGGAUGAUUUAUGUUCCCACCUGGUUGAGUCACCUGCAACACUCUCAAAGAAUGACUGCCACUUAAAUCAAGCCACAGGUCAAGCUAAUAAAUUGAGGGAGAAAGUAUUGGGCGGUGGGGAAUGAUUCAUUUUGAAAUGGGUUCCUGAUUUCCAUUUACCUGGUGUUUUAAUGAUGUAAACAAAUAUUAAUUUCAAAUAUGAAGAUUGUGCUCAUGGAGAAGCUAGAUUUGCUCAUGCUGUACAGUCCAAUCUGCACUAAUGCAUAAAAACAUAUUGCCAAUAUCUAGCCAAGAGUGACAAUUCAUACUAAUUUAUCGAUGUGGUGGUCAAGCUGCCAACCUCCAUUCACUAACUAACCUGAUGAAUCAUGGGCAGCUGUUUCAGAACCAGAGUGUCAGAACUUCUACUCUCUGUUCACUCGUUAGCUCUGCACACCAGUCCGGUAAUAUUUGGAAGUGCAGAUCAGCACCAUCAGGAAGCCUUUUAUGUCUCUCAGACUUGUCCUUGUGUUUCCUCACUCUGUUCAUUGUAGGACCAUUUAUAGACAUAGUGUAACAUUGAUCUCCAUAAUUCCCCCACACAGUUAAAAUCAUUGCAUGCAAGAUGUUCAAAUACUGCAGAAGUUGUUGUUUAUUAAUGUUGAAAAUAGAAGGAUACUUUAGCUUAGCACAGGGUGAGUUGAGUGCUGCAACAUCAGAAAAUGGAGCAGGUUCUUUUUAAAGAUCACAACCUCUUCAGUCGCAAGCUUUCAGUUUCACAAAGAACAUUUAUUUUAGUGUUGUGAUGAUGAAUAGAAGGUUACAAUACAAAGACAUUGACAGUUUAACUAAUGUCCUACAAGUGGACCAAAUGAAUAUUUGAGAAACAAAAUUUGCCACUGCAUGUCGCAGCUAGAAAUAAUAACUAAAUUCUUACCAGCUGAUCUUUUGGAGGGAGGGACAGUAGUGGAAUCAUGCCUGAAUAUUCACUUUGGUUUGAAAAUCCUGCUCGAGGUUGUUUUUGUUAGGAUGGGAAGUAUCAGUUUGUAGGAAGGAACAGAACUCAGCGCCUUAAUGGCAGAAAUGUUUACCAGCUGUACAGCGAGACGUAUCGUGAAACUUGACCCGAUUUCUGCUUAUGGAUGCAGAAAUACAGUUCUUGGGAAAAUAUUAAUACAUAUUGUUGUAUUUUUGCCAUUGUAAUGUACAUAACCACCUUAAUCAUGCUGUGAUAGUAAUUUGUACUUUGCCAACAAAAUUUGUGGAAUCCACCCAGCACUGCUUUAUUUUCCGUAGGUUUAACGAUCAUUCCAGUUUUUGGAUUUGUUGCAUAACUUUAUCUGCUCCUUGCACAGUAUAUUACCAGUAUUUAUCACAACUGCUUUGAUUUCAACUUACACUGGUGCACUCAAUGUCACUGUGAAUCAUUCCCGUUGCUUAUACUCCCUGAAGUCCACACUAGUUUGCAUGCUUGUAGCUUUGUGAGCUGGCAGCAUUUCCAGCAUAUUGCACUAAUAACCUGCAGUGGUAAGAUUCAUUAAAGAUUUAAUUUUUUGUGUAAAAUUCGCAAGACACUGCCUGAGAUUUCCCACAAAGGUGGCCCUGUUAUUUGCUGGACUAUUCUGGCUGUAACCUCUGCUGUUUGACAAGCCAUGGAUAGGUAGCCUCGUACUGUAUCCAGUCCUGGAGCUGACAUAGAAUGUCUCAACCCCUUUGCCAAUAGGUUUUUCCCCACUACUUUUAAUUUACACAAGAUCUUUUAACACAGUGCUGUUAGUAUGGUCACAUGACUAACCAAAUGGAAGGUUUGUUCUUGGUUACUUCAGUCACUUUAUGUGUGUGUGCAUGUAUACGUGCACGUGUAUGUGUAUAUGCGUGCGUAUGUGUUCCUCAGUUCCUGAUCUCUGUUUUUAUCCCCGUGGUGAUUAGUGAUACCAUUUUGAAGACAGAAUGUGAAAUUAAAAUUGAACUAUUCUGAUAGUACUUAUUUUAUUACUGCACAGUGUUAAUUCCAUCAUAAUUCACAUGCUAGGGUAAAUUUCAAUUGUGUGAUUUCUGCUUUUUGUGAUCCCUAAUCCUUUAUAUGAAUUAUGCCAAAAAUAGAGCAAUGAAGUUCAUUUAACUUAUAGCAAUUUUAUGUGUUGACAGUACUUUCAAGUGUACAAUUUGUUACCAGAUUAUAAGCUGCAAUUGCACUCCAUUGAUGUCUAUGUUUAUUUCUUAAGCAAUUGCUAAAAAAUAAACGGUAGCUCAUC